AUCUUCUAAGCCACCGUAACAUUACGUAUGCGCGUUUCACAUCCUCUAAACUCAUCAAGGGCAGAGGUUUCCGAAUUAAAUGAAAAUGUCGGUAGCAGUCAAAUUCCAGGCCAGUGUAUAAUUGACGUGCUUUCAUGACGUGUGCGACCCUGAAAACCUUCCUCCAGCACGUAUACAAAAGCCAGAGAUGUGUGAACUGCAUGAGUGCGUCUGAAUCAAACCCUCAUGGCGGACAGCAGGGUGGGUCGUGUACAUGUUAUUCGAAGGCCUCCCAAUCAAUUACAGGCUUAGUGCUUGUGUAUUACCGUAUAUGAACAUACAUGUACAUGGCUAUUACAUUGUUUAUAAAAUGGUGCUGAUGAAACACGCUAUACACUACUAUAGCGCAAGUUGAGAUCUGUUAGUCAGCCAUCCACACUGACGCGCCAUGUGGGUUUUCCUAGCUACAGGCCAGGUGUGACUGUUCGAGGCAAGUUUGCAAGCGACCGAGGGAGAAUUGCUAGAAAAUGUUCGACGUACAUGUACAUUUAUUGUGUAAGCCCUGAUAUCCUGUCGAACCCGGAACUAAGCGGAUACUGAACUUUAGGACAACAUCACUGACGUGUGAUCUGACCGCAGUUAGGACGAGAGCUCAAACGUCGAAAGGCUUUAGACGAGAGCCGAUAACUAGCGGUAAGUGUAGUCAACGCAGCGCCCUAGUUAAAGGAAAAACACUCUUCGUGGACGUCGGAGGUACUGCAAAUUGACGAUAAUUUGCGGGAUCCGCCCCAUUUACCAGUUCCCGUGAGCUUUCCUCCCCCACAUAGCCAUUAAGUGUCAGAGAAGAUGGAUUCUUCCCGUCUGCGGGGAGUGUUCGACUGCAGAGAGUGACGAAAGGAAAAUCUGUAAGGAAUCCACGACACAGAAAUAGCAUCAAAAAUAACGAACUAAAAUCCUCCAUGAGGAUACAAAGUGCACGGUACAGAACAAGGAAGUGGACAAGGCUAAAAAAAUGCUUUUAAAAACCAGACAUGACUUCGCCUAGUAAACACUUUGGCAGUAUUGUGUGUGAAUACGCUGGUGCCAUAGUGCAUUUGAAUAUGAAAACAAAACACAAAAUGAAAUUUCGGUUCAUAAUUCAGCACACCGUGCAUGAGGUUCCAAAAUUCAAGGACAAUCCAAGAGUGUAUUGACACGUCUGCACAUACAUGUACAUGCCGUAACACGUAUGUAUCCAUGAUUGGAGUUCCAUAUGUGACUUCACGCAGUGACAUCUGGAGCGGUGAAUAUUCCACAUUAAAUGCUAUCGAGUUCUUGUUCGUAUUCCCGGUCUGCUUCUGACGCAGGAUAAUUUAAAGCUGAUUUUCGUAGAAUCCUGGCUGGAUUGUGUAAUUAUUUCACUUCAGUGUCUGGCGGGGAUUGGGAGUUGCAAAGCCCCUGUCACACUCGUUUGCAAUACAUUUUUACAUGUUUUGGUCUUGUGUCCCUGACCGCCACCGUAAAACAACAGGUCCUUAGUUCUGAACAUCAUUAGGGCCAACUACAUAAAUAUGCCAUCCUGAAUACAAAUUACAGAUAAACUUCAAAAUCAUGAACAACGACCUCUACCCCCUCAACUUCCAGCACAAAUUUCCGCCACUGGCAUCAAAUCACACAAGUGUAAGGAAUAUUUGUCGCGACUGUUGAAGUUCGUAAUCACACGUCUUGUUCUUUUCAGGUUGGAAAUCCAUGAUAAAAUUUCACCAACGAUUUAAAAAGCCCGCUGGUAUAUAAAUCCAGCUGUCUUACGACAUCAUGGCGUACUUCAGACAAGACUCCAGCAAAUUACCGAAGCUGAAACACACGUUACAUGACAUCAUGGUCAACGGACUCGAAGAGUUCCCCGGCCUAGUGACGUUUGGCGUCAAUCGCAAAGACGACGAGGCGUACUUUCAAAUGAUUGAGGAUUUCCAGCGUAAAUGCACCGAUAAGGCGAAGCUGCGCGACUUGCCCAAGAAGCAGAGAGAACAACAAGAUAUCAUCUGGGAGAUCAUCCAAUCAGAGCUCAUGUUCACCCGUCACCUGCGCGUCAUCGUGGACGUCUAUUUGAACACCUUGCUUAACCUCCAGGCUUCCGUUAUGCUCAACGAGAUCGAGACAGAGAAGAUCUUCGCCAACAUUAGCGCCAUCGAGAAGCUUCACACGACAUUUGUCACACAGAAGUUGUCCAACGUCAUCCAAAAAGCAGAGAGUGGCAAAAGGCUUCCCUCAACCUUUGACUUGGUUGAAGCGUUCAAGGGCUGGUUUGAAAGUAUUGCCGUGCCCUACCGCGAGUAUUUUUCACGUCAUUGCGAUUGCCAGAGGUAUCUUAGGGAGCGAGCCAAGGAUAACGAGAUGUUUAGAUACUUCUUACAGUGGGGCCAGAAACACCCGAAAAGCCGCCGCUUGAAGCUUACCGAUCUUCUGCUUAUCCCUUUAUCGCGCAUCGCCAGGUACCCUCUUUUAUUGGUCAUGUUGGAGAGGAAACCUGAUAGGCAGGAUCAGGACAGACUUUCUAAAACAAUAUCGGAGCUAAAGGCGUCUGCAGUGCGAGCAAUCAAGGAGGCGAGUGAGGGACUGGAGAGAGAGAAGAUGUGGAAGUCACCUGAGGUUUCGAAAUCACCAAGGGGAUCGAAGGAGUACAGCAGAUUGUCCUCUGGUGGGCCAAUUGAGGAGUCUUACGACUGCGUGUCUGUUGAGGAGGCCAAAAUGUUUCAACUGCGGCAGGCAUUGGAUGAUAUCAUGGCCCACGGACUUCAAGACUUUUCCAGCCUCCUGACGUUCAGCACCAAGAGGGAUACCGAAGACGAAGAUUGCUUUAAGAUUGAGGGGUCCUGGCGGGCGUAUCUAGGUGAAGAAGAGCUCGCUGACCUGGACAAGAAGCAGACUGACCAGCAAGUUGCCAUCUGGGAGAUCAUCAGAUCGGAAGUUGGCUUCAUCAAAGACCUUCGCGUCGUUGUGGAUUUUCAUCUCUGCACCUUGCUCAAUCUACAAGCCUCUAUGUUGCUGAAUGAGGUGGAGACGGAGCAGAUCUUCAGCAACAUCUCUGCGAUCGAGAAGCUUCACACCAGAUUUUGGAAGGAGAAUCUCUCAGUCAUCCUUAAGAAGGCACAAGAGAAGCGAAGCCGUCUAUCGGCCUUGGACUUGGCCAAGGCAUUCGAGGGAUUCACUGUUCAGUUUUCGCCGUAUUGUGAGUUCUGUGCUAACCGCAACAAAUGCAUGAAGUACUUGAAACAACAAAUAAGGCAGAACAACAUGUUCAAGUUCUUCAUUGAGUGGGUUGAAAAACAUCCCAAAAGCCGAGGUCUCAGACUUCAAGAUCUUCUCGAUUAUCCAAUGCUGCACAUUGCAAGGUACCCUGUCCUCCUCUCAGAAAUAGAGGAAUCGACAGUUGAGAUGCAAGAAGAAUUGGCCAGAACAGUAUGCCAAGUAACCGAGUUUGUCAAACAACUGCCCUUCGAGUCUACAUCAAGGUAUGAGGAACGAGGGGAUGAGGAGACAGGAAAACAGAUUGAUUCCAAGGACCACAAGGCUUCUGUAGGUGGACCAAGUCUGGAUGAUUCCUCCUGUGAAUACGUGGAUGAAAUUGUCACGUGUCUUGUCCGGCAAGACUCCAAGCUAACUGAGUUCCAACAAAUGUUUAAUGAUGUCCUCAACAGUGGGCUUCAGGACUUCACAGGCCUUCUGACCUUCAGCCCGAAGGAAGACGAUACACAGUCCUUCCAGAUCGAAGAGUCGUGGCGUGAAUUUGGAAACGAGGAGACACUUGAUGGGUUAGGUUUGAAGCAGAUAGACCAACAAGAAGCUAUGUGGGAAAUCAUCUCCACAGAAAUUAAUUUCAUCCAAGACAUUCGCAUCACCGAAGACUUCUACUUGAAUACUCUUCUCAACCUUCAAGCCUCCAUCAUGUUAAACGAGAUUGAGACCGAGCGGCUGUUUGGGAACAUCUCUGCAAUCAAGAGGGCCCACACUCGAUUCUGGAAGGAAAAGCUGUGCAAGGUCCUGGAAAAGGCCCGAACAAAGAAGACGAUACUAUCGCCUGUUGACAUUGCUGAGGCAUUUGAAGGGUUUGGAUAUGUCUUUGAGCCUUAUAUAGAGUUCUCAUCAGAACAUAGCGAAUGCACGAAGUACCUUGAACAGAUAAUCAAAACCAACGACAGAUUCAGAUUCUUCUUGGAGUGGGCGGAGAAACAUCCCACAAGUCGAUGUCUUAAACUGCAGUACCUACUCAACUCCCCCCUGCAACGAAUUUCUGAGUACCCUCUCCUCCUCACUGCAGUGGAGACAGGAACACUUGAAGACGGUACUGAGUCGACUAUGAUAAAUCGAACGGUAGGCGAAGUGAAGGAGUUUGUUGAUCUAGUUCAACACGAAUCACAACAGGAAGGAGAUAAACUCCACCGUAAGUCCACCUCUGGGGACUCUGAUUCGUCUUGCCAAUACGUUGAUGAGGUCACCACUGCUCAGAUAAGUCAGGAUUCCAAGCUACUUCGACUACAGGAGACGCUAGAUGAUUUGAUGGUCAACGGACUCCAAGACUUCCAGGGCCUGCUGAGAUUUGGCUCGAGGAGGGAAGACAGGGAGAGCAGUCUCCCAGUCGAAGAGACCUGGCGGGCAUUUGUGAAGGAAGAGGAGCUCUUUAGCACUGACAAGAAGCAGAUGGAUCAGCAAGCUGCCACCUGGGAGAUCAUCAGAACGGAAGCUGACUUCAUUCGAGAUAUCCGCAUCACUGUCGAUCUGUACCUCUGCACCCUGCUUAAUGUCCAAGCUGCCAUGCUCUUGAACGAGAUUCAGACGGAGAAGAUCUUCGGCAAUAUCUCCGCCAUCGAGGAACUCCACACCAAGUUCUGGAAGCAGAAGCUAUCUGGCAUCGUCAGCAACGCGCGGGAUAGAAAAGAACUGCCAUCGGCGUCGGACUUGGCAGAGGCGUUUGACGGGUUCCCAAGGCUCUUUACGCCUUACGCAAGGUUCUGCUCCGCUCGGAGCAAAUGCUUGGAGUAUCUGAGAGAACAAAUUGGGAAGAACAGAUUGUUCAGGACGACCAUGGAGUGGGCUGAGAGACAUCCUGAUAGUAGAGGCCUCAAACUGCAGGAUCUAAUGGACUUGCCAUUGCAUCGAAUUGCUAAAUACCCGAUCCUCCUGGCUGCUUUGGAGAAUUCGCUGGAUGAACAAGAUAAGACAAAAGUCUCUGAGAGGGUAUCUAAAAUGAAGGAAUUUGUGGUGCAUGUUUCUCGACUCUCAACACCGGUAGCGAAUGGACAGAGUAAAGUGGACGGAAAAGAAGGGACACCAACUCUGGCUCGCAAGAAGGCCUUGAGGCAUCACUCUACGCCUGAAGAGGAUCGUAAAAUGCUCGAAUUAAAGGAAGUGCUUGAUGAUUUUAUGACUGAAGGCGUUCAGGAUUUUUCUGUUCUUUUGGCGUUCAGCGGCAAGGGACCAGGCGAUGAUGGGUGGUUUUGCAUUGGGGAAUCUUGGCGUUCACUUGGCGGCGAGGAGCAAGGCAAUGAGAUGGAUAAAAGACGGGAAGUUUGCCAAGAUGCUAUCUGGGAAGUCAUCACAUCGGAAAUUGGGUUCAUCCAAGACUUGUGUGUCGUGGAAGACGUGUACCUCAGCACCCUUAUAAACCUGCAAGCCUCCAUUAUGCUGAAUGAGAUCGAGACCGAGAGGUUGUUUGGUAAUAUCUCGACCAUCCUGGGCCUUCACAAAAGAUUUUGGAAAGACAGACUCUCAAAAGUCGUCACUAAGGCACAGAACGAGAAGAGAUUCCCCUCAGCCACUGAUCUGAUCCAAGCAUUUGAAGGAUUCUCUAAUCACUUCGCACCCUACACUCAUUUUUUUGCAACUCAGAAGGAGGGCAUAAAAUACCUUAACGAGCAAAUCGUCCAUAACAAGAUGUUCAGAUUCUACCUAGGAUGGGCUGAGAAACACCCCAAAAGCCGCGGCAUGGGACCUCAAGUUCUUCUUGAAUCUCCCAUACGGCACUUGGCCAAAUACUCCUCCCUCCUCUUCAGAGUUGCAGAGACACUGGACGAAGAGGACAAAAUUGGAAUGUCAAAAAUAUUGUCUCAAGUGAAAGACUUUGUGGCGAGAGUUUCUGACGAAAAAGGACUACUGUCUAAGAGACAAGAGCCAGCGGAGCAAGUUAAAGCAGGAGAGGGUUCCAACAGCGGUGAGGCUGUCGCUGGACAGGGCACGAACCCAUCCAGCGAAUACGUCGAGGAGAUCGUCACAGCUCUGAUCAGGAAGGAUUCCAACAUGGUCAAGCUGCGGAAGACACUGGACGAAUUCAAGAUCUACGGACUCCAAGAUUUCCCGGCCCUGCUGACGUUCACCACGAAGAGGGAAGACGAAGAGUGGUUCCAUAUCGAGGAGUCGUGGAGCGAAUUUGUCGAUCAGGAGGGGGCUUUUAAAUUAGAUGAGAGGACUACAAGUCAACAAGAAGCCACGUGGAAGAUCAUCACUACAGAGGUUAGCUUUCUCCGCGACAUCCGCAUCAUUGUCGAUUUAUAUCUCUGCACUCUGCUGAACCUUCAAGCUGCCAUCCUACUGAACGAAGUCAAGACAGAGAACCUGUUCAGCAACAUCACCACCCUGGAGAAACGCCACUCCAGGUUCUGGAAGGAAAAGUUGUCCCAUGUCAUUUGGAAAGCACGUACCGAGAAGCGACCUCCAUCGACUCAAGACCUGGCUGACGCUUUCGACGGAUUCGAAGCUAUCUUCAAACCAUACGUCACGUACUGUACUGUAAAAAACAAGUGCUUGAAGUACCUGGAUGAGCAGAAUAAGAACAACGAGAUGUUUAGAUUUUUCGUCGAAUGGGUGGAGAGAAACCCUGAAAGCCGAGGUCUAAAAUUGCACGAUCUUCUCGACCUGCCGGUGAAGCGUAUUGCCGAGUACCCUACCCUUCUCACUGAGGUGUUGGAGAGGACGCCUGACGGUCAGGAAAGAGCAGCAUUGUCCAGAAAAGUAGCCGAAAUAAAGGUGUUUUUGAUGCAAGUGCCUUUCCAGACAAGACAAGACUUGGAAGAAGCUGAGGAAGGGAUGUCACCACUUCGUCGUACUGCCUCUGAGGGAACCUCUAAGAUGCACAAAUUGAAACAAACCCUGCAUGAUUUCAUGGCCAACGGGUUGCAGGAUUUCCCCAGGUUGUUGACAUUCAGCGCCAAGAGGGAGAGCGACGAGGACUGCUUCCGGCUGGAGACAUCCUGGCGUGACCUGGUCGAGAACAACAACCUGAGCGAGUUGGAGAAGGAGCAGACGACCCGACAAGAAGCCAUGUGGGAUAUCAUCUCGACAGAGGUUAGCCGCGUCCGAGAUUGUCGCGUCGUUGUCGAUCUGUACCUGUGCACCCUGCUUAACCUCCAAGCCAACGGGCUGCUGAAUGAGAUCCAGACAGAAAAACUCUUCAGUAACGUCACCGCCAUCGAGAAGCUCCACACCAGGUUCUGGAAAGAGAGGUUGUCUUACGUCGUCGAGAGGGCACGAGCGGAGAAGAGGUUACUCACGGUCGUGGACUUGGCCAAGGCUUUUGAGGGAUUUGCAAAGCUUUUUGCACCUUAUGUCAAGUUUUGCUCCUCCAAUAAAAUGUGCCAGAAGUACCUGAUGGGGCACUUAAAGCAGGACGAUAUGUUCAAGGUCUAUGUGGAGUGGGUCGAAAAACAUCCAGACAGUCUUGGCCUGAAGCUACGAGACUUCUUGUUCUCCCCAACCCAGCACAUCUACAGGUACUCUCGUCUCCUUGGGGUUGUGGAAAAGACAUUGUCCGUGAAUGACCAAGACGGAACGGUACUGAGCGCAAGGACAUCGCAAGUGCAGGACUUCUUGAAGCGGCUGCAAUUCCUUACUCAAAAGGAGGGGGAGUGACCUCAGAUUAUUUCAACCAUUUUGCUCCAACAGAGUGGGGUAGGGGAAGAUUCCUGUAUGGGGCAGAAGUGCUCAAUGGAAUAAUUUUGUGGUCAGUGUGUAUAUUGCACACGCGCACAAAACCUUUGGGAUUAUGUUGACAUUUAUAGCAACCCCGUAAUACUAUAUACACAUGUAUAUAUGCAGUUUUCAUGAAACAGAGGUUAGCGGUACAGCCGUGGGAUACAAUCAUUUGGUACGUCACAUCGAGCUUACAAACGUGAUGUAUCCUACAAGUGAUUCGAGGAUAGGUACCCAGUCGCUUGUAAUGAAAAGAGCUUUGCCCGACGGGUUACCAUGAAAUAAACGAAGGCCGCCUAUGUCACCACACGGUACUGCGUCUAAACACGCUUCAUUCCAUCAAGGAGUAAGUUGAAUUCAUUUCAACUUCUACAAAAAUGCUCAGAAAAAUCUACUAAGUAAACACAUUAAGAAUUAAACGAGUGGGAAACCAAUUUACCAGUUUAAGCAUAGCAAAAAAGGGCUGGGAUAUAUACCCGGACUUUACAGCUAGUCUGAUAAUCGAUUUGCUUACUAUUAGGCCAAAGUUUGAAGUUUCACCGACCAUUCUGAUUUUCACGGUAUAACAUGAAUUAGUUGUCGUAAAGGAAACAUGCACAAAAUGUGUGUUUUCAUUGAACCGAUAUACGUGAAGUACAACCUCUGUAAUAUAAGUUUCAUUCAACUUACUGAACUUUGCUGUCUUCCUUUACUGCAUCUGCAUUCGCACGAAGUAUCAAUAACUAUUUACCACGCUUAUCUAACGUGCCAUUAGUUGUUAUGACUUGUAGUAAUUUUGGGUACAAAUGUUUGUAAGAUAAUUGUAUGAAUGAGUUCAGAACUGGGAUAAUACCCACUGAUUUGAGAGACAUGGGUUUUGUGAUUGAGGGCUGUUUGUUCUGCACGGAUCUUGAUCGCUAUCAAUGGAUCUGACGUUGGUUCACUGACACCAGAACUCACCUAAUGGAUGGCGCGAACCAGCUUUGGGAAUACUGAUUGUGAUCCAGAUCCAUGUGAAACAAACGGGCUACUGGUUGGAACGGAGUUAAUGUGCAAUGGUUAUCCUCGGUUGUGUUAUUCUAUAAGGAAUUAUAGAUGGCGCUGCAGUUGGCCCACAAGCAGUAGUAUGAAGACAGAGUUGUGACAACUUCAAUGACAACUAGACACCAUUUUGGUUCCAAAGUCUAUCCAUUUACAACCCACGAGUUUGGAAACACAAUGGCGUCGAUACACGUCACACAGAACUUCAUCUUUCAAUUUUCUCUGCUCACAAGUGAAGGACACAAUAUGGUGAGGCAAGUGUCGUUCAUGGGUCCAUGUAUACGUAAAAGUCAUUCGUUGUGCGAUUUAAAAACGAUAAGUGUUUAAUGUGUACUUAUUUAAAAAUAAUUCAUUCCGGCAUUGAAUUACUUUAAAUACAAUUAGUUUAACCCGAACAACCCCAAAUCCUUCGAUUUCAAUAUAAUUUUACCUACUUUGUAGGGGAUUAUUAGGGUUAAUCAGUAAAUGAAUUUAACCAAAAAGCGACUUUAAAUUGUCAAUAUUUGGAGAUCCUUAGGCUUUCUGUUUUCAGUGCAGUGUAUGUGGCGCUGGUCGUUGUGUAUUUCACACCUGAGACUUAACUCAUGUAUUUGUGAUUAACAAAUACAUGAGUUAUGUCCGAUUAGGACUGUUUUAGUAAAUUUUGUCAGCAAUUACUAUUUUCAAGAUACUUUUACCAUUGUAUAUUUUUGAAUUUACGUUCCAGAAAGAGGGAAAGUGAUAGUGUAACAUUGUUAAUACUUGACAAAACUUCAUUCGUGCAGUAUAGUAACUGACCCUACAGGAAUAUGGGCGAUUCACAAUAGUGCGCCUCCAAGGGUUUGCAACGCGUUGGCCAAUUACAACGCGCAAAAUCUGUCGACUCUUUCCAAACGCGAAAUCGUGACCGGCCAACGCGUUGCUAACUCUUGAGGCGCUCUAUUGUGAAUCGUCCAUAUUGCAGCGUUUAUGUUGAGUGCCGUAAACCAAUCAGCGAAAUACGGUGCUCCGAAAAUGCACAAUUGAUCGAUCUGCAGUCGGCUUACAGAUGUCCUCCUGCCUGAAGUCGGAUCACACAGCCAACCAUUAAAGCGAUGUAGUCUAGUUUCAGUACUGACCCAUCUCAAAGGCAGUUGUUCAUAGUGCAACACUGUUGUCGUUCAUAUAACCUGCGACACGCAUGGGUCAUUCUCCUUUUAAGGGGGAGGCUUAAAAGAUGUACAAGUAUUCCAGUGUUUACAGAGGGCGCCCUGCGAAAGUGCUUAUGCACGCACUUAGUGUGCCUUCGAGUUGGAGAGCUCAGUAUAAUAUAUUAUAGCUAUAAAGUUACUUGAUCAUAGGCAGUUAUUAACAGGAAAUUGAUAUGGAGGAAGCGCCUUCAUGAAGUGGAACAAAAUGAUUAUUUUGCACAUGGUGUUAACGAUGGAGGAGUGUUGAAGGUAAACUUAACAGCUUUUAUGCCUCGGAUAUUUUUGGAUUAAAAGUUCGCAAAUAGAUGAUUA